AAUUGCAGGGAUUUGCAUCCGAUGGAAACAACAACAAAGAUUUUGUCUAUCCAUCAUCAUUUUCCCUGUAUUUUGGCCUGCAUUAUUGAUCUGAGUGGAUGGAUAGGUGGUAACUGAUGCCAAAAGGUAGAAUGGGUGUGGAGAAAGGUCUUCGUCCAACAUCUCCAGUCCACGUUCAUGUAGAGGACGACACCCCUGUGCAUGUACAUGUUAAAAAGGCCACCAAGAAGAAAGGGACUAAGGUGAGGGCGCGUCAGGGGUUUUCAAGUUCCCUGGGUGUCCAGAACUUGAGGAUCAAACCGCGCAAGAGCACCACUGCCUCAGCCCGGGCUCGGAGUCGCAGUCCAGGGGGAGGGCCAUGGGUCCCCCCACCGGGGAAAGCAACCAAGGGCUCAAAGAUAUCCUGGCAGGGUCCGACACAUCGUCUAGAGAUCACAACGCCACGGACUGAGGUUCAGAUAGAAGAUCUGUCCACAGACGAUGAAGAUCGUGUUCAUGGCAAUUUGAGGAACUAUGAGAAAAAGAUUGACUCUCUUAUGACAGAGGUUGGAACCCUAAAAAAUGAGGCUGCACUCCAGACCGCAAUGUCGGAGAUUGAGCACAAGGAGGACCUCCUGGAGACCUCACAGCGUAUCAUCCAGAAGCAGGAGAAGGAGAUCCUGGACUUCCACGAUGAGCUGUGCUUGACUGAGAAGGAGAACAGGCUGCUCCGCAAAAGCAUGGACCUCAUGCACGAAGAUGUCGACAUCAGCAAGGAUUUCUUCAGUGUUGAGAGAGAGAAAUUGAUGAAGAAGCUGAUUGAGGUGGAGAUGGAUGGCCAAGCAGCCGCUCAGCAGGUCCGGGAACUCCGGGAAACCGUCCGCCGCAUUAGGGAGGAGAGCAGGCCAUCUGCUGAAGGUGCAAAAUUAACGAAACAGAAAGAACUCCUCUUGGAAAAGUUGACAGAUUUCGAAGCAACAAAUAGGACACUGCGCCGACUUCUCCGUGAGCAGCACAGUCAGGAGGCGUCGGCGCUCCGUCUGUCAGAGCAGAGAGAUGUUCUCAUAAAGAAGAUGGCUGACAUGGAUCGACUCACCGAGAGGCUGCGCUUAGAGCUGUUGGAGAGAGACAGACUAAUAGUUGAUCUGAGGAAUCAAACUGCAGCCCAAAGAGAAGGAAAGACAGAGGAGAACAUGGCACUGUCCGGCCUGCAGGGGACGCUGGAGGGGACGCGGGCACACCUACAGAAGCAGCUUCGCACCAAGGAGGCGGACUGUAACCGCAUGGCUGUACAGAUCAGGAGCCUGGAGAGUCAGGUGAACCAGGAUAAGAUCGAGUUGGAUCACAUCCAGGAUCUUCUCAACAACGCCAAGGGCAAGAGUGACCGGGACAAGGACGCCCUCAAGAAGGCUACACGAGCCCAGAAGCAGCGAGCAGAGCGCAGCGAGGACGCUUUAGAUUGCCUCAAUGCUCAGCUAAUGGAGAGAGAGACUCAAGUAGCUGAUUUAAAAUCUGACCUUGAUCAUGUCACAAUCAACAUUGAAAAAAUAUCCAAGGAGCGGGCUCAAGCCCAAGCAGAAAACACAGCUUUAAAAACUCGGAUCAGUGAGCUGGAGUACCUUGUGGACAAGGUGGAGGAGAGUGCUCGCUCCAACUCGGACACUGUCACUGUCAGGCUGCAUGAAAAAACAUCCGAGGUGUCAAAUCUGAAGCUGGAGAACGAAAGGUUAAAGUCUUCCAUCGCUAACAUCGAGAGUAAGUUCCAGCUGGCUGAAGAGGAGAUGCUGCAACUGAGGAACAACUUGAGGCAGAGCGAGAAACUCACAGAUGACUACAGAGACCAGAUUGAAUAUGUCCUUCAAAGAACUCGGUAUCUCAAAUCUAUGGCGCUGAACCGAUCGCGAAGGGAAGCGGAUGAGAUCAGUGUUCACUUGGAGGUCAAGGAAAAAGAAAAUGGCCGCCUGCACCAAGAAGGGGAGCUGGAGCUGGAGAAAGUUAAGCUUCGUCUGAAUCAGCGUCUGCAGGAGUUGGAACCGUUGCCGGAGCUGCUACGCACGACAGAGUUCAAGCUGCAGGACGCCACAGAUCAGCUGCUGGCAUAUGAGCGCAAAAACACUGACAACACCAAGCUGAUUGCAGAACUCACUGCCAAGGUGGAGCAACUAACGGACACAAUGGAUCAGAUAAGAGGCAAGAUGCACGGGGGGCAGGACGAGAAUCGGACUCUAGCAAGCAGGGUGGAAUUGAUGGACAAAAAGCUGAAAGAGGUUGAGGAUCAGAAUCGAGAGCUGAUUACAACCAUUGCCAAGAGGGAGGAGUCCAUUCAUCAAAACAACCUCCGCCUGGAGGAGAAGACCCGAGAGAAUGGCAGCUUGACCCGUCAGUUGGAGAAUGCUCUGACGGACAUCCGGCGCCACCAGGACCAGGCCAGGGACCGCAUGUCUUCCAAGGAGCGGACGUACCAGAGUCGCAUCGCGGACCUGGAGUCUCAGCUCAGUCAGCUGAGAGCAGAGAUCGCCAGAGUGAAACGAGAGAAAGAGGAGAACGAGCGUAAGUUCAACUCACGGAUGUACGACCUGAAGGAUCGGCUGGAACAGUCUCACAGCACCAACAGGAGUAUGCAGAACUAUGUACAGUUCCUGAAAAACUCUUACGCUAAUGUGUUCGGAGACAGUGCUAUCUCAAUGCCCACAUCUCCCAUACGAUCAAUAGUGCCUUGAUGCCGUACCACCUCUCACCCUGCAGGGACACAAGGUGGACCGCCCAUAUUGGAAUAUUUUCUACAUUUAUAGCUCUCUGCAGUCUGUAUGGGUUAUUUGCUGAGUUGAAAGUGGAUUUUUGCUGGAAGGAUUACUAUUAAUAGUUAUAUCUUUAAAAUUGAAAAAAAUAGAUAUUUUGUUAAAACAACUUCAUUAUACUCUGUUCAUAAUUUAAGAAAAUGAGAUAUUUGUCUGAUGUAGAUCAGUGUUGAAAUUUAGGGGUGUCAUUGACUGGAAAUUUUACAAUCAAUUUAUCGACUCAAAGUGUCACAAUAUAUUUGAUGAAUAAUUAUAUGUGUAUAGAUAUAAAGUAUCCAUGUAGUCCUGCAAUUAAUCAUUUUAAUGCUAAAAAUGAACUGUCUGAUACAUUAAUGGUUAAAAUUGAAUUUUCCUUCUUCUCAAUGUCCAUCUGAACCAUGGUAAUCUUAAUAAAUGGAAAUGUAUUCUUAAAUUAUUAUCAAUAUUCACAUAUUUGUGUUGUUACAGCAUCGAUAUCGCGAAAUAUGAUGCCAUAACUAUUGUAGUGAACCUGAAAGUCAAAGGGUACUUGUUGUAACCCUAAUGUUAUAAGUUGAACGUUUAGGGGCUCCCCAGAUGCAAACACAAUCAGAGCAAAACUCUAGCUCUCCAGGACUCCCCUUAAUUAAAAAAACUGUAAAUGAUACAUAUAUAUAUAUAUAUACUUGUAUAUGAAUCAAGUGAAUCAGUGAAUCACUACUGAAAUUCAAUGCCCGUUACAAAGUGUUAAACAUUCAUCAUCAUGUCUUCUUUCAAAUGUUAAAUACCGGUACUGGAGAGCGGUCACACAGAUGCUGUCGUAUCAUGAUGGUUGAUGCAUUAGCAAAUGCCAAUUGAAUUGACUCAACAAAUUAUUUGCUCAGAAUUGAGAACCACUUAAAUACUACUAUAUCGAUUAUAUAGUAAAAGAAUAGUUGUGUUUUUAAUGUGUGGAAAUAUAUAUUGUUGAGAACCAUGUAACUUAGAACACGUACUCCUUCUCUGAAAUUUUUCUCAAUCUGAAAUGGAAGAAGAGGUGCAAGGGGAUUUGACUGUUGUUUCGCAAAUCAUGUUAACUCUGUGGUACUUGUUGAUAUUGAUUAGUACUUGGGGCACAGAAUUGAUGUCAUGUCUGCUCUCUACCUCCAAGUUGGUGAACAUUAAAUGUUUUUAUUCGUCAAGUCCUCUGAAACCAAACUGUCUUCCUUUCGACAACUUUCGCUUCAUGACCUCGUUUCGUACAAGGAAUUUAUUAAUAUUGUAGAACAUCUCACUUUCAACUGAAGCAAGGAGCAUUUUUAAUCGGUUUAUGAAGUAAUAUGUGUAUAUGUGUCGUCCUGUGACGGGAGUCUCAAAAUAUCUCACUUUGUCAUGUGACAUGAGUCUCAAAAUGUCUCACUUUGUUAAUUGCAAAAUAUCUCACUUUUUCAAAUACAGAGUGUGUGUCCCACUGCAUGUGUAUUUGUCAAUGGUUGUAAGAAGUGUAGCACACACAGCCACAUAUACCACUCACUUUUUGAUAGGGAUUCCAAGGUUUUUGGUACUGUUAUAAGAGCUCCUAAUUUCAUGGAAAUCUGACUCAUUUUUGAUGCAACACAUCAAUCAGUUAUUGUUCCAGCACAAAGCGCCAAGUGACUUACUUUUUCUGUUAUGUUUACCUUCUUAACAUGUUUCAGUCUAUGAUGUAAAACAUUCAGGAUAUAAAGUCUUUGAAUGACAUUGAGAAGUGAUACACAUAAGGAAGAUAAUUGAUGGAUGUCAACUUCUUUAUGAUGAAGAACACAACUUUUCAGAGUAUAUACUUACUCCAUCAGGUGAAAAGCUGAUGAAGGAUUAAGUAUAAACUCCGAAACGCAGUGUUAUUCAUGAUAAAGAAGUUGACAUCCUUCAAUUAUCUUCCUUAUUCAGGAUAUAGUUGUGUCAAGUAAAAUUAUAUCUAAAUAUUUACAUUGACAUUGACACUUUGACUCUGAUAACUCCAGCUCGCUCCAGCAAAGGCUUCACAAUUCUAAGGGGGGGCACGGGUGGCCCAGUCGUCUAAGGCGCCGCGGUUCGCUGUGCAGAGUUGCGUCCCUUGGGCAUGCCAGAAACCUAUGAUUGUGGGUUCGAAUCCCGGUUUGCCCCGAUUAUGUUUCUAGGUUUGUCAGCACCAUACCCGUGCUCGUGGGUUUCACCGAAGUGGUAGAUGUCUGAGACCUGCAUCACUUCGGGCUUUCCUCCCACAUUAAGCUGACACGCCGCGAUAUAACUGGAAUACUGUUAAAAGCGGCUUUAAACCAAACUCCCUCACUCACAAUUCUAAGAAACCUUUGACUGAAUAUAUUUGGGAGCCAUGAGCACAAUUCACAAGUCAUGCAUGUGUUUAACUUUUCUUAUUGCCUAUCAAAGACUUGUUUAACUAAUAGUACAUAUGAUAUUGAUAACAAAAAAUGUUUGUUUGGAAAAUGAAAUAACAGGUGGGUCCGUAGAACAUAAUUUGAAUCUGGCCUUAUAAACAACUUUUGUCUCUGAACAAGAAGUCACUUGAUUUCCAUCCCGACCAGGAAACUCAUAUCCCAAACAAAAGUUGAGUCGUAUAUUUACAUUAACUUUCGCAUGGUGUUUCCCCUGUUGCCCACAUGCCUGUUUCCCAUUGUUUCCUGUGUCUCCCUGGAGUAGCACAGGUAGUGUGUUGUAUAUUUACUUCUUAAGUUAUGAGUAUGUCUGUGAUAUCUGUUUGUUUCCACUGUUGAACAUACAGUCCAUGUUGAGUCUGUCAUGUGCUUGUUUUAGUCGUGAGCAUUUUGAAGUUUUAUAUCUUAUAUACUAGAUAUUUUACACAUAUGUUUUAGUCAUGCAUGGGAAGACUUGAAGUCAUGGAAUCCUUGUCGCUGUCUCACUGCUGUUUUAGUUCAUUUAGAAACUGGAAUGUCAAUUGAAGGUCAUAUUAUACUCUGCAAAAAGACCCUCAAAAGUGAUUUUACAUGUUGUCACGUGUUGUUCCGUGUGUCUGAUAACGGUUCCACAGUCACGAAUGGUGCUUGUUGCUACGUGGAAAAACCUGCCUACAGCUGAAGAUGAUUUUCCUGUUUGCAGUCAGGCGAUGGCGAUGUUGCGUUGGGUUUCCGUCAGUCAUGGCAUGUUUUCGCUGUUCAGUUGCUGUAAGACUGUCAUGGCAUGCAAUUGAAAACCCAACGUUUUUAUAGCCCAACAAGAGAUGUUGCACAUGCAUGUCAUGUUAGUGUGUUUUGGCACCAGGCUCUGACAUGGUGAUUAUUCCAUCUUUUCACCACAUUUUUGCAGUACCUCAUUCUUUCCACUCAAAUCAAUCCCAAUCCAUGCAGAAAUGACCAAUACAUUUGUGGUAUGAAUUUUGUAUCGAUGUCGGCAACACUCUUUCAGAUAUUUUCCUUUUUUUCUACUUUUGCAGGUUUUUUUUUGCAGAGUAUAUUACAUGAUUUAUUUUCUUUAUGGAAGCGACAUUUCUGAUAUUUCGAUAGUAGAGGGUGCCAAACUCACAGUGACUUUGGUACGCCAGUGGUUCCUCCUGUUAAUUGGUAUUCCGGACGCUUCAGUGCAGUACGCUGAAAGUCAUUACAUGUUUAUCUGGUACAUGGAUGCCAAUAUUUCAUUGUUGAAAUACAUUUAUCUUCUUUUUUUUUCUUGCAAAAUGACAAAUCAAUAAACAAUUUAGCCCUUAGCUUAUUAGCAUUCGUGCUCAUGCAUUCUAUGUGAAAUCCAAUUCUAAUUUAUUCAUAACAGCUGUGUACACUGAUAUGACUCAAUAGUUCUUAUAUUGGAUGCCAAGACAUAUUAAGAAGUAUGCCAAGGGAGGGGUGGGGGUGGGGGUGGGGGAUUGGCACCUCAUAGUAGUUAUCAAAAGCUAUACCUUAUUUACUUUAUUAAAAGUAAAUACAAAUUAAAAUGAGAUAGUUUUUUUAUGUACAUUGUCUAAUUUCGUCUAUUUUUUGUACCUAAAGGACUACUUGAUAAUUCAGUAAUGUCAUUCAAAUUCUGUACAGCAUGCCAGUUGAAGUCUUGACAAAACUCAGUGUUACUCUAUUUUGUUUGCUUUUAUGAAGUCCAUUACAACUCAGCAAUGUUUAGCUGGAGUGCCCAGGUAGUCACGAUCUCCCAUCAUCAGUCAUCUUCAUCCCAGUGUGAGCCGUCCACUGACUGCGUGUGGAGAUCUGUAAUGUACAUACAAGACUCACGUUGAAGUCAGCUAUUUUCUUUGUAUAAAUAAAUAUAUACCAUAUACACUGUAUAUAAAAUAAAUAAUAGAACUCG